AAGAGGAGGAGGAGGAGGAGGGGGAGGAAGAGGAGAAAGGCGCAGGGGUGGGAGCUGUUGCCGAAGCUGCCACAGCCAAAGUUCUCCCCCCUCCCCCCUUCCCCUCCUCUCCAGGCCCCGUAGGAAGGUGGGAGCUGCCGUCGGCUGCCGUUGGUGACCGCGCGACUCGGCGCCCGUCUGCCCGUCCGCCCGGCGGCCCGCGGACAGGGGAGGAAUCAACAGCUUCGAACUUUCAACUAAGUAAUCUGGCGGGAUGGGCAUUUGCCUGACAUAUUUUAUAGAGGAACUGAAAGUCAUAAUUGGUUGAAGUGGUAUAAAGGUUUUCGAAGCCUAUGAAAGGUAGAAACUCAACCAUGGUUUCUUGCUCAACUCUACAGCUUUCCCUUCCUUGAAGUCUUCAUUUUUACCCUAGGCUCAGGCAGUUAUACUUAAGCAUGAACAUUGACGACAAACUGGAAGGAUUAUUUCUUAAAUGUGGCGGCAUAGACGAAAUGCAGUCUUCCAGGGCAAUGGUUGUAAUGGGUGGAGUGUCUGGCCAAUCUACCGUGUCUGGAGAACUGCAAGAGUCAGUACUUCAAGAUCGAAGUCUGCCUCACCAGGAGAUCCUUGCUGCAGAAGAAGUGUUACAAGAAAGUGAGAUGAGACAGCAGGAUAUGAUAUCACAUGAUGAACUCAUGGUCCAUGAGGAGACAGUGAAAAAUGAUGAAGAGCAGAUGGAAACACAUGAAAGACUUCCUCAAGGACUACAAUAUGCACUUAAUGUCCCUAUAAGUGUAAAACAGGAAAUUACUUUUACUGAUGUAUCUGAGCAACUGAUGAGAGACAAAAAAAUCAGAGAGCCAGUAGACUUACAGAAAAAGAAGAAGCGGAAACAACGUUCUCCUGCAAAAAUCCUUACAAUUAAUGAGGAUGGAUCACUUGGUUUGAAAACCCCUAAAUCUCAUGUUUGUGAGCACUGCAAUGCUGCCUUUAGAACGAACUAUCACUUACAGAGACAUGUCUUCAUUCAUACAGGUGAAAAACCAUUUCAAUGUAGUCAAUGUGACAUGCGUUUCAUACAGAAGUACCUGCUGCAGAGACAUGAGAAGAUCCAUACUGGUGAAAAACCAUUUCGCUGUGAUGAAUGUGGUAUGAGAUUCAUACAAAAAUAUCAUAUGGAAAGGCAUAAGAGAACUCAUAGUGGAGAGAAACCUUACCAGUGUGAAUACUGUUUACAGUAUUUUUCCAGAACAGAUCGUGUGUUGAAACAUAAACGUAUGUGCCAUGAAAAUCAUGACAAAAAACUUAACAGAUGUGCCAUCAAAGGUGGCCUUCUGACAUCUGAGGAGGAUUCUGGCUUUUCUACAUCACCAAAAGAUAACUCACUGCCAAAAAAGAAAAGGCAGAAAACUGAAAAGAAGUCAUCUGGAAUGGACAAAGAUAAUGCUUUGGACAAAUCUGACCUGAAGAAAGACAAAAACGAUUAUUUGCCUCUUUAUUCUUCAAGUACUAAGGUAAAAGAUGAGUACAUGGUAGCAGAGUAUGCUGUUGAAAUGCCACAUUCUUCAGUUGGAGGAUCGCAUUUAGAAGAUGCAUCAGGAGAAAUACAUCCACCAAAGUUGGUUCUCAAAAAAAUUAAUAGCAAGAGAAGUCUAAAACAGCCACUAGAGCAAAAUCAAACAAUUUCACCUUUGUCCACAUAUGAAGAGAGCAAAGUUUCAAAGUAUGCAUUUGAACUUGUGGAUAAACAAGCUCUGCUAGACUCAGAAGGCAAUGCUGACAUUGAUCAGGUAGAUACCUUGCAGGAGGGGCCCAGUAAACCUGUGCAUAGCAGCACUAAUUACGAUGAUGCCAUGCAGUUUUUGAAGAAGAAGCGGUAUCUUCAAGCAGCAAGCAACAAUAGCAGGGAAUAUGCUCUGAACGUGGGUACUAUAGCUUCCCAGCCUUCUGUAACCCAAGCAGCGGUGGCAAGUGUCAUUGAUGAAAGCACCACAGCAUCCAUAUUAGAUUCACAGGCUCUGAAUGUGGAGAUCAAAAGUAAUCAUGACAAAAAUGUUAUUCCAGAUGAGGUACUGCAGACCCUAUUGGAUCAUUAUUCCCAUAAAGCUAACGGACAGCAUGAGAUUUCCUUCAGUGUUGCAGACACUGAAGUGACUUCUAGCAUAUCAAUUAAUUCGUCAGAAGUACCUGAGGUUACCCAGUCAGAGAAUGUUGGAUCAAGCUCCCAAGCAUCCUCAUCAGACAAAGCCAACAUGUUGCAGGAAUACUCAAAGUUUCUGCAGCAGGCUUUGGACAGAACUAGCCAAAAUGAUGCCUAUUUGAAUAGCCCAAGCCUUAACUUCGUGACUGAUAACCAGACCCUUCCAAAUCAGCCAGCAUUCUCUUCCAUAGACAAACAAGUCUAUGCAGCCAUGCCCAUCAAUAGCUUUCGAUCAGGAAUGAAUUCUCCACUAAGAACAACUCCAGAUAAGUCCCACUUUGGACUAAUAGUUGGUGAUUCACAGCACUCAUUUCCCUUUUCAGGUGAUGAGACAAACCAUGCUUCUGCCACAUCAACACAGGACUUUUUGGAUCAGGUGACUUCUCAGAAGAAAGCUGAGGCUCAGCCUGUCCAUCAAGCUUACCAAAUGAGCUCCUUUGAACAGCCUUUCCGUGCUCCAUAUCAUGGAUCCAGAGCCGGAAUAGCUACUCAAUUUAGCACUGCCAAUGGACAGGUGAACCUUCGGGGACCAGGGACAAGUGCUGAAUUUUCAGAAUUUCCCUUGGUGAAUGUAAAUGAUAAUAGAGCUGGGAUGACAUCUUCACCGGAUGCCACAACUGGCCAGACUUUUGGCUAAAAAAGAAAAAAAAAGUGUAAAUAAUACUGGCACUUUAGAACAGAUUAAUCAAGAGUGGGGUUACUCUGUGUAAAAUGGAGUGCUGUACAGAGUUAAGAGCAAUGCGUUAAUAAUAAGUUAAGUUGAUAUGAAUAGCAAGAUAAUCCAAUAACUGCAUUUUGUUUGGUUAGUCAGCAUUUUUUGAACUGCCUUACAUGUCACCUUUAUAGAAGCAAUGCAUUAUUUGUUUUAGAUCAGAAACUUGCUAUUCCACCUACACCAAGUUCAAAAGGAAAAAAAAAAGACUCACACAAUUGUUUCCUAACUGAUAACAUUGUACAUUCUUAGGAGAUUAGUAAUUGUGUGAAAUUUACUCAUACUUGUUUUUAAGUUUUUCAGCCUAGUCAUUGCACUUCAGCAGGGAAUCUGAGUAUACUUUACCGACAGAGUGAACUUAAAAGUUUAAAUGUCAAGAGAGUAUGGCUUAAAUAAACUAGUUUGUCCUCUGGGGGGAAAGAAACCACCUUUUAAAAAGAAUGAUUUGCCAUAUACCCUUGAUUUUCAUUUUGCAUUAUAUUGACGUGUUUUUUUUUUAAGAAAAAAAAAGUAAUAAAAACCUGAUAGUCUAAGACUCCACUAUUUAAAAGCCUAAUUACUUCUAAAAUAUGCAUACUUUCAGAACUUCUACCAAAACACACAACUGUUAAAGCAUUCACUUCUCUAUGAAAGUAUGUAUAUUAGUGUCAGUUUCUUUGUACAGUUGUACCUAGAUAUUUUUUAUGAUUUUUCAUGUGCAAGUAUCAAGGUUUCGAAGGUUUAGUAAAAAAUAUUCUGUAGAUUACAUUCCCAAGAACAUAAUGCUUACACAAAUGUAUAUUCCAUGUUUUAAAGCUCAAUUGUAUUUUACUUUACAUAUACACUUCAGUUAACAUAGAGCACUUAGAAUCUAUUUGGUAUUUUUGAUCUCUCAAAGUAAAAAAAAAUUAGAUUUUUAGGUUUGAAAUGGUUGUGUCAUAAUCAUCUCAUAAUUGACUAUUUUAAUUUUUGGCAAUAAAAAGAAAUUGGGGUAUCUUUGGAACUGUUAAACAUGGUUUAAUCCUUCUUUUUCUAGACUCUCGAUAGAUGGGAUAACUAAGCUAUCCUAAAAACUAAAGAAGUGGGCAUUUUAAUUGCUUAUUUUAUUUUGAGUUACUUUUUAAUGAACACUGCUCAUUACAGUUUUACAAACCAAAAGUGUUUACUAAUUCCAGUAACUACAAUUUCUUUUUCAGCUAGAUGAGUGAUCGGAAAUUUUUGUUGCAUUUCAAAAUCUAAAUAAACUACAGCCUUUAUCCUUAUAUCACGAAUGUUUUUUUUUAUAUUUUGUCUUAAAAUAAUACAGCAUGGUACAAUAAAUAGUGCUUUUAAUAUAUAUAUAUACAUAUAUACUUUUCUGAAGAGCCAUGGUUUGAGUUAUACAUUGGAGAGUUUUGAUCUUUAAAGAGUAACAUUAGUUAUAUUAAUUCUAACCAUUUGGUUUCUGCCAUCUUUAUCACAGUGCGCACUUAGUGAUAAAUUAAAUCUAGUACCCUUGGAAGAUGACUUUUACUUUGUUAAUUUUUCAUUUUAACCUUUAUACUGGCCCUGUUGGUUUUCAUUCUUCUUUUCAGUAUAGACUGUGUUAUCCAUUUAAAUUAUUAUUUCUCUUAUUUAAUGUUAUCCCAAGAUUGUUCUCAAGAAAGGGAACAAAGGAACAUCCUUCUGCUUCACAUCAUUUAUUUUGCAUAUAUUGAUGUUUUUAUGAUAAGGAAUAUAAAUUAUGUUUAAUGUGGUUUCCUAUACCUUUAUCAUUAAGCUUCUCUUGAAAUACUAGUUUUUGCAGUUGAUGGCUUUGUUGGCUGUCAAAAUUUUCAAGAAUUUUAGACUUCUUUGAAGUAAAUAUUUAAGUUCUGCCAUUAUUGAUCUUAAGGUUGAUAUGUGUUGUACAUCACAUAAUUGCAGGAAGACUUCGUUCAAGUGAGGUGUUAAAAAUGGAACUGUGCUCUCCCUAGAUAGGGAUUUGUAUUUUCCUCAGAGUACUUUUGAUAAGCAUAGGCAUUUAUUUCCUGAGUUGAGCCUUAUCAAAAACUAUGUUCUGUUGAAAACUUGAUGCAGUUCUUGGUAAAGUGUAAAGCUUUCUGUUUACUAUCACCAGCACAGUUUUAAGAAAGUGACUGUUGCCAAGCAGUUUGGGUAAGCUUAGGAAGGAAGGCCUUUAAAAAUGGGAGUAUGCAAACAGAAUUUCAGGUGUCGCAUUCCUGUCUUAAACACAUUUCUUUAAAUCUGUAUAAUGGCAGACUUUCCUACCAGGUUAUAAGCAUUUUUUAGAUAACUGAUACUUAGCCAGCAUAACUUAUUGACGUACCAUUUAAAUAUAGUCAUCACUCCUACUGUGAAAUUUUAAAUGCCUACCAGAGUUACCUUGUAUUAUCAUCAUGAUAAAAUCACAACAGUUUGGGUUUCCCCACUUUGGUUCAGAAAGUUAUUUUAAUAUCUUUUUGGGCAUUAGUAGAGAAAAUAAGUAGCCUUGUGCUUUUAGUUGAAACAUGGAGGAUAUGAGAUAUCCUUUGCAGUCCAUGUUUCUCAUUUCUCUCAGUGAGCAAAUUGCUCUAUAAUAUAGUGUGCUCUUGCACCCUUAAACCUUUGUUUUGAGUGUGAGUGAGGUGUGCUUUUUCACUUGGGUCCUUGCUUUUGUGUUUGAAGAUGGGAAGCAAUCACUUCAGAUGAAGUAGUAUCUCUCAAACAUCAUCUCAAAGGUGUUGGGGGCAGUUCACUUAAACUCUUACAUUACACAUAUGUGUUACUUGGUUUGGAAUAGUUGAGUGGCUCCCAAAUUUUUUGAUCUACAUACAAAACAUGCUACCUGAUAAGGUAGGAAUCCAUCUCCUUAGCUCUGGCUGAGGAUGCCAGCAGUUAGGUCCUUUUAUCUCUAGAGAGGUAGAAAGGCCUUAUGCUCAGGGCAGGCUUUCAUUUCCACAGAUGAGAGACACUUGUAAAAGUGCCAGCAAGGUUAGAUCUUUUGCCACUUGUUUCAUUUAUUGAUUUGGAUUUUUCAAGGGCUGUUUAAAAAAAAAAAAAAAAAAGCCGGGAAACUUUAAAAAUAGGCAUUACUGUAGUACUGAAUUUCUUAGUAGUACUAACUUCUUACACUAGAACUUGUGUUUUCACAGUACCUUUACUUGAAAAAGUACUAUUAUAACCAGUGAGGAAAAUUUUUUGAGUCUGCAAUUUAAUUUAAAUAUUUUCUGUUUCAAGUUGCUUUAUUUCAGGGAAAUAAUUUUCCAGUUGUGUUUGCUAUAUUCUGCAAAUAAAAACCAUGUGUUUCCUUUUUUUCACUUAAACUUUGGUAGGAAACAAAUUAAAGCAGACAAACAUUUCUUGUUAUGUUUGUUGCUUUCUUUAAUCCAAUGGAUAAAAAAGUAAAACCCUGUAAACAUUAUUUUAUUUUUUUAUGCAAUACCAUGCUGUAAAUACGGUUCAUCAAGUAAGGAUGUACCUAUGAUUGAAUCUUUAAUUCUGCACAGUUAGAGUUUAUAUAUAAACGUGUCUUGACAAUCAAGGACUUUCAUGUGAGUCUUCCUUUAUGAUGUUUAUUAAUGUUAUGCAUUCCAUUUGUUUUGAAGUGAGUACCAAUGUGCUAAUUUGUAUUGUCUGAAAGUAUGUAAUGUUUUUACAGCUUGUUUUUAAGAAUCUGUAAAUAUGUACAAACAAAUCACAGUACUGCUUUAUGUUAGAAGGCAUAUGAUGUUGUACUGUAUGUAAGCAAUAAUACAUAGCAGUGCUAACUUUACAAGUAGCAUCAGGAAAGUUCUAAAAACAUUUCAGAGUUAUCCUUAUUUCAUUUAAUGAUUAUCUCUAAUCAGUUUUUAUAAGCAAAUUCCAUUGUUCCUCCUAUUGGAACGUAACACUGUUUACACAGCAUAAUUGAAGUUGCAGGGGAGACAGGCUAUAUCUGGCUUCAUCUGUACUCACUUUCACUAAGCAUUGAAUGGCCUUACCACUCUUCUGCAAGAUGGAGGAAGACCGCAAAACUUAGUGCCCAUCACACUGAAGGAAGGGAUGUGGUUUUUUGGUUGGUUGUGUUUUUUUGUUUAGUUUUCUAUUUUUUUCUUGCUUCUAUACUCCUACCUAACUUUGUGCUUUGCUUUGGAUUUUAAUAUUUGUUUCUAUUUUAGCUUCAAGCCUGUAAGUUUUGAGGUGACUUCAGCUUCAUUAUGAAAUAGAUAGUUCUCUUCAUGUUUCGUAGCUCUAUUUCAACAAUUCUGAACUUUCUACUUUGAUUUUUAGAUACUUAUUUUUCAAGCUUGGUCUCUCAACUGAACAGAUGAAUUUAUUUAACUUCAAUACAAAGAAAGACAAACUUGUAGUUUGAAUUGAGUAGAUACUAUACUGUACAGAACAGUUAUUUAACACACAUCACUGCUUUAGAAAUAAAAACGCCAAUUUAUAAAUGUAUAUGACCUACAUUUUAUAGGAGAAAUGUUUUUAAAUGCUAGUCAUUUAUAUAAUGUGCUUUGAAGGAUUUGCUAGUCCACUUCUGUCACUUUUUAGUACACUGGUAUCUUUUAUAUGUAAUGUAUGCUUUUUAUUAUUGUAGCGAGGCAUUUCAGUAGAAAGAAUUUUGCAACAAUAUGGGGAAAUUUUUCAUUGCUGGAUUUGAAUUAUACUGGAUUUUAUCUGUGUAGUCUUGUCUUUAUUUUAAUGCUGUCUGGAAGGGAACUUGGUAUCCAAAUAAAGCAGGUAACCUCAUUUUACUUCAAGGGCAUACUGUGUAGUGCUGAAUUUGAUCUGGAAGUCUGAUGAUUUUUUGAAAAGAAAAACAAGUUUAUAAAAAAAUGUACAGAAGAAAUUAAAUGUGUGAUGGAAAUCCUGA